GCUUCACAAACCUCACCACAACAAGCACGAUGGCGGCGACGGACGGUGAAAGAAAGCAUGAAACAGGAAAACUGGGAUUCUCUCUGGACGUCCCCUUCCCGUCGUCUCGCGAAGCAGUCAUCGCUCUGCGCUCUCUGUCCCCGGACCGCGAGCCGAGGAAAGGCGGCAUCAGCAAGCAGCUCACGGUGACGGGCAGCACGCUGUCUGUGAGGUGGAGUGCAGACGAAGCUCGGAUCCUCAGGGUGUCUGUGAACUCGUUUCUGGAUCACCUGUCGCUUGUCAUGGAGACCAUGGAGGCGUUCGGUCCCCCUGUUUCCCAGUGAAGCCCGACACAUGAUUCAGGACUAUUUUCACCCUCUCGUAGUCCUCUGGAGGAUUCAGUCGUGAAACUGUGAGGAUUGAAAUGGGACGUUUGAGCAGCUGGCAGCUCAGACUGUGUGGUGAUACUGUUUGGGAUUGUUUGCUUGUUUAAGUGGAACAAAGAGGCCAUGUUGUUGACUGUGGCUGGGUUUUUAUUCAAACUUCCUUGUAGUAAAUAAAGUCUGCUGCUAUAUGAUAGAUCAGAUCAGGGGAAUAUCGGCUCCACUGGAGCUGAGACAAGAAGUUGAUUAAUCCACAAGUUGAUGACAGGAAACUAAUCGGACACUAUUUUCAAACAAAAACUGGAAAUAGUUUCUGGUGCCAACUUCUCAAAUAUGAGUUUUUUUAAAUGUCAGUACAAAUAUGAUAUUGGACAAAAGAAGUCAUUUGCAGUAGGGAUGUAGUAGCGAUCUCAAAAGAUUGGUUUGGGGGUCAGUGAAGGCAUUUUUUUUUAUUUGGUUGGGAUCAGCUUUAUUGAGUCUACAGAGCCUCCGAUCCUUCAUCAUGCACAGCAACGCACAGUGCAGCCGUCUUCAACUCUCCUGAACUCCACUCCCACAUGGAUGUACAAAGAAAGCCCCGCCCACUGUAUAACACCGCAUGCCAAAAAUGACAUCAAAAUGCAGUAUGCUGAUAUUUAUGUAAUUUUUUAAAAAGUUGUGAGCACUUUCAUUUCAGUUCAGUGUGAGAGUUGCUGCCAUCUUUGGCCUAUCGUGUUUCACUGCUCCGCUCAGAGAGGCAGACAGUGGUGCAGAGCUGAAGACAACCACACUCACCAAACUGCUGCAAGUGUGACUAAAAGCCCUUCAAGCAAAAAGCCAAUAAAAGGAAUAUAUUAAUGUAGCCUGAUCCAUGCAAGCGUUGCACAGACGAUUUAAGUAAACACUCACAGUUCAUUGAGGUAACUCAGACAAGGGUGCACUGAAGCAACAAACUCGGAGAAAGUCCAGUGUGUAAGAUUUAGUAGAAACAUGGCAGUGCAACAUGGCGGUCUCCAUAGACAAGGACCUACUCCCUAUGUAGAUAUUAACAGCUCAUUCUAAGGUAAUGAAAACAAUACAGUUCUUAAUUUCAGGUGAUUAUACACAAAAGAAACCAUACUUAGAAUAUUAUAUUCACUUUCUGUCAGUAUAUCCCCCUAAAUCCUGCACGCUGGACCUUUAAAGGGACAGAAGUUCCCUCAAGACAGCAACAAGGCCAAAAACUGAUUUAAGAGAGUGUUUUUUUUAUACUUUAUUUUGUAGAAAAAUAAAUACAUUUAAAAAGUAUUGAGGAACAGCUUGUAUGCAGGGAUUUGCUUUUCUUAAUGCUUUGCAGGGCUCUUUUACUGUCAGACAUACAUUGGACUGAUUUUAAUAAUUUUCAACUACCUGAAGUUUGCACUGUGCAGCUUUAUUGUCUAUAUCUAGGAAAAUAUUGGCAGAUACUUAAUAUUUAAUGACUUAAAACUCAGUCGGGACAUCCCUAGUUUGAAGACGUCUUCUUGGUCCCUGGGAUGGACAUUUUCCUCAGUUUGAUUCCCUCUAAAGUAACGUUUGAAAUUGAACUUUUCUUGCAUCACCUAGAGGGUGUUAAGUUGCUUUAAAGUCACCUGAAGUCAUCGUCCACAUCGAGCUGCUCCCUGUGUAAAGUCAUGUUAACGUUGUGCCUCUGUUGACUCACUUUGGUUCAAAUUAAAAUAUGUCAUCAACUGUUUGUGAUGAUGUGGUUCAUUAUUCAUGUUCCCCUCAGGAUGAAUCGUUUAAUAUACCUCUGACUUUUCAUCAGACGCCUUCAUCAGAUCAACAUUUCAGUGUGUCCAGUGCUGUAUGGUUUAUGAUGACACUCCCAUGGUCAGACCAGCAGAGGGAGCUGGAAGAUAAGAGAUAAGAAUCACACACCUUUUUGUGUUUGUUUCAGAGCUACACAGAAACUAAAAGUGACUUCUGUCCCAGCAGAGGUGAAACAGAAACAUGAAGUCUGUGUUUAAGUCAUCACACCUGUCUGUCAGCCAUGUAGUAACAGGUUAAUCAGAGUGUAUGUGGUAGACAGUGUGAGGUUUGUCUCUGACAGGAUAUCAGUGAAGAGGAAAUGAAGCUCCACAAAGACUGGCAGAGUUAUAAUAAAAACUUCUCCUCAGAUGACACACAGAUCAAAUGUCUUUGUCUCCUGGAAACAUUGUUCACUUCUUUUUCACAAUAAAAGCAUCGAGUUACUCUGAAA